CAAGAAGACACAGUUGCUUCCACACUUCCAAGACAACAACAUGAAGGUCUUGAUCCUCGCUGCAUUGGUCGCCGUCGUAGCCUCGCAGGGUUACCCCAAGCCACAGUACCCCAAACCGCAGUACCCCAAGCCACAAUAUCCCACUCCGGCAUACCCUGCACCAUCAUACCCUACUCCGGCAUACAAAGCUCCAGCCUACCCCGCACCCGCCUAUCCUUCUCCGGCUUAUGCCAAAACUCCUGAAUACGCCCCCAUGCCAUACAGCUUUAACUGGGCCGUUAAGGACGAUCCUUCCUACAACGACUACGCUCACCAAGAGACCAGUGAUGACAAGGGUUACGUCACUGGUUCUUACCGAACUCUUCUUCCUGACGGCCGUACACAAAUCGUGAACUACAAGGCUGACGACUACACUGGUUUCGUCGCUGACGUUAAGUACGAAGGAGAGGCCAAGGAAUACAAGCCAGCUUACAAACCCGCUGGUUACCCAAGCCCGGCUUAUCCAAGCCCAUCUUACCCAAGCCCUGCUUAUUCUGCGCCUAAAUACCCAAGCCCUGCAUAUCCCAGCCCGUCCUACUCAGCUCCCAAAUAUCCAACAAAAUAUUAGAUGUACCACAUCGAUUAUAAGUCAAUUGUAAACUAAAAUUAUCUUGAACUGAAAUACAUUCUAUCUUAGUACGAAAGCUAAGCAAAUCGA